GUCCAAUCAUAUUUCAAGAUGAGCUGGCACUAAAAUACCCGGAAGUGUUUACAGCAGGAGGCUAAACUAGCAGCUAACAGUAGAGUCAGUGGAGAAUUGAAGCUCCUGGAAGUGCAGUGCGGACACAUCUCCUCCCCUGUGUGCGGUGCUUGUUAAGAAGUCAGGAUGAGUCUGCAGUGGACUGCGGUGGCCACCUUCCUCUACGCUGAGGUCUUCUUAGUUCUGCUGCUCUGCAUUCCCUUCAUCUCACCCAAGAGGUGGAACAGUAUUUUCAAAUCUCGGAUCGUGAAGGCCAUCACUCUCUAUGGAAACACUGCCUUCAUGGUGGCCAUCGCCAUCCUCGUCUUUCUGCUCAUCGACGCUUUCCGUGAGGUGAGGAAGUACAGUGUGACGGAGAAGGUGGAUCUGGCUAACCACCCGACAGCCAUCGAGCACAUCCACAUGAAGCUGUUCAGAGCACAGAGGAACGAGUACAUUGCUGGCUUCGCCCUGCUGCUCUGCCUGUUGCUGCGUCGCCUGGCCACUCUGCUCUCCCAGCAGGCUUCACUCAUGGCCUCCAACGAAGCCUUCAAGAAGCAGGCGGAGGGCGCCAGCAAUGCCGCCAAGAAAUACAUGGAGGACAAUGAGAUGUUGCAAGAGAAACUACGUGAGGCUGGUCUCGAGCUGCCGGAGGCUGGGAAGAAAGGACCAGGACCACAGGAGGAGAACAAGACUCUGAAGGAGGAGGUGAAGAGCCUGAAGGAGGAGCUGGAAGCCACCAAGAAAGCUCUGCAGAAGUCAGACAGUGACGUUCGUGCCAUGAAGAAACAGUCCGAGAACCUGACAGUGGAGUACGACAGACUGCUGGACGAGCACAGCAAACUCCUGGAGAAGAGUGACAAGAAAUCGGACUGAGGAGGACAUCGACGGUUCCCGGCUUCUUUCAUCUUCAUCACCGUCCUCAGCAAACUGUCUGCUGCCUCUGCUUCCACCUCCGCGAUGGGAUGUCACUGACUUUUGGGUCAUCUGACAUCACCGAUGGCUGUGAUUGGUUAAUCGGACUGUCUGAGCUCCAACAUAAGAAUGUCGGUUUACUGUCAGACUUCCUGUGUCACUGUUUACGCCUCUUAAGUGUUUCUGUUUUUCUCUCUUCUGUCCACUUUGCUGUUUAAAGGUCAGCUUUGGGGUUUUGUUGUCCUUUAAACAGCUGACCUCUUCCUUCACUUUCCAUAAACUGUUUUUUUUUUCUGAGAUUCUGAGAGGUUUUUUUUGACAUUCCCUGUUUAACAUUUUUGGAGCAAAGUAAAUCCAAACAUGAAUCCUGUUCCCUGCAGGAAAAGACCAGUUUCAUUCCAAAAUAAAAGCAUUUUGUCCUUUCUGCACAUUCUGGGUUUAAAUCAGGGUUAAAAAAGUCCAAAGGAUGCCUGUGCUGUCAGAUUUCCUUCUUUCUUAAACUGUAAUUUCCAUCGAGACUCUUGUGAAUAUGAAUGUUUGGAGCUGCAGCAAAGAUCACUUAGUACGAGCAAAACAAGACUCGUCUCCUCUGGUUUCUUCUUCUGCUUGGAAAUGUUGCCUGAACUCAGUCGUCGCUGUUAGUCGUGUGCUGAAAACACACUUUAAAUCUUGGAGCUGUUUGAUGCUCUGCUUUCGGUUAUUCAUUACAAAAUCAUGAAGUAAAAAUGAGAAGAGAAAAGAAAAGGCACCCGUGUCUGUUCUGCUCGUGUGGCGUGAUCACAUUUUUGUUGUUGUCUUAAAUGGCGUGUCACAAUAAACACGGAUGAUUUCAACAACAGUGAGACCCCGUGUGGUGCAAAAGGGUUUUUGGGGGUGUUUUGUUUGAUGUCUGAGGUUUUUAUAGGUUUGAGAAGAAAAAAAAAAAAAAAAAAAAAAAAAAGGGAAAUUACUGAUAGGAGGGCCAAUGAUCAGCUGAUCAUGAAACCAUUUUUACUUUUUUCUUUGCUUGACAGAGAAAGGGCUUUCAUUUUUGAGGAUGGAAGUCACCACACCAGAUUAUCCAUCUAUAAAACCAUGAGCAGGUUUUUUUCUAAAAGCGUUUAAUCCUCAUUUUUCUUGUUUAUGUGGAACUUCUGGUUUCUUGGUUUUUGUUGGGGAAAAGUGGACGCAGCUUUUACCUCAGUCAUCGUUUGGCUGUGGGUCGAUUUCUGAUAGUUCUCACGUACGAGCGUCACUUCACGGCUUUCCUCGGGUUUUGUUUUCAUUUUAAUUCUCAUGCGGUUUAUUCUGCAAUUAAUGGCACUUUUUAAAAUCACAAUUUUGAUUUUACUGAUAUUUUUCUUUGUUUAAAAAAAACAAACAAACUUGUCAUUUUGUCACAUUUCUACUUUGACUAUUUUGAAGCCUUUUGUCUUUUAAACCCACUUUAAUUGCGGUUAGUCUCCAAAUCUCAAAGGCUGCGCGUCUGAGUGACGUCACAGAAGGAAAAAACAUUUUGUGGAGUUUGAAUUCAACCAUACUGUGACCGCUCUGUUCACACGGGUUAAGGAGCGAUCCUCUCUCUGGUUUAAUUGCAUGACUUUGAAAUAUUAAUAUGUAAAAGAAACUGUUUGUGGUGAUGGAUGAAAGUGUUUUAUUUAAUCACCUAUAAUUUAUCUGGAUUUUUUCUUUUUUAUAGCAAUUUUUUUUUUUCUUCUUUUAAACCCAGAAUGAACAAAAUGUUCUUUAAUUUCUUAUGAAAGUUUCUGUCGUCUAUUCUAUGAGUGAGGCUAACUUUUUUUUUCUCCAUUUGAAGAAGAAUUUGAACUUUAUGGCCAUAUAACUUAAUAUCAUUAAUAUAGAAUCACUCGUGGGUUUUUUGAUGCAGUGAAACGUUUCACUUGAUCUUUCCUGUAAAAAAAAAAAAAAAAAAAAUAGAAUAAAUUUGUCUCCCAAUGGAAAAAAUCAAAUUCAGGGUCUUAGUAAAAAUGGAAAACAUCAAAACUUUCUCUGAUUCUGAUUCUAAAGGAGUCGGAGGUUUUCAGAAGCAUACAUUUCAUUUUCAAAUAAAACUGCAGAUAAUUUUUCACUGAAAAUUUGAGGAAUGUUUCCUAGAAGUGAUCUGAAAAGCAGA